AUGGGGAAUGGUGAUGGUGGUGGAUGUGGCAGUGGUGGCGGAGAAGCGAGAUAUUACCGGAGUGGAUGUAAGGUGCAGGGAAGGACUGUGCCAUGUCAGAGGUGUCGAGUGGCCCAGUUGGACGAGGAAGGGAAUACCUGGCGGGUGUGGUGUGAGGAUCCGCAGGCGGACUACGGCUACGACCAAAGUGGCGACAGCGCACAAUGGCAGUGGAACGGGUCCGGAGAUCGUGGCAGUGCGGAGCACCUCGCACACACGAGUGUUCCUGGGAACUGCGGCGAGGCAGGGCGAGGGAAGAGUGAAGCGUGCACGAAAGGGGAGUGUGCGGGUUGCGGGUUCAAGAGCGCAAGAGCGUUGGGAAGGCAAGCGACGGCGCGGGCAGGCUCUGCGGGCGGCACCCAGCGAAGCAAACGCCCGACAGGCCAAAUUCCACAGGGCGACCGGAAGGGCCCAGCGCUUGUGCGCGCAGCAGCUGACUGCCGUGCUCUUGCGUCGCCGACGGCUCUUGGGCGUGCUCUUUGUUCGCUCACCGCGCCCGUCUUCGACCACGGUUUCACGCGUCGCCUCGCCCAAAACACCGCGCAGCGCGCCUUUGUCAGCAGCGUUUCGCCACGCUUGCCCGCAUCGGGGCGGGCCACUGGACCCUUGAUUGCCCUUGUUGCAGCGCGCCAUUGCCGCACGCCGGGAGACAAGACGCCCACAGACCGCCCGGCUUGUCCCUUUGAGCCUGUCGCCGGGCGUGGGCGCUCGCUUCUGUGUCGCGCAAUCUGCACGCACUCGACAUGCGCUGCGAUACGCGUGCAUGCCGCAGACAGUCCCGCGCGCAGUCCGACCCUCUGGCCAGCCAGCGCAGCGCCGUCGCGAGCACUGAGCACCGAGCACGUCCAGCACGCUCAAACGUGUUUGUCUGCCGCCAGCCUUCUCCGCUCGUCAAACGCCGUGUUGCGCUGGCCUCCUGCCCCUCUUGCACGCAUCCUCACCGCUUUUCUCACCAUCUUCCGCCAGCAGCCCUCACUGCUUAGCAGCGCCGCUUCUCCCAGAGCGGAGAGCGUCAUCUGACCCCUCGGCGAGUGCUGUAGGCCAGCAUCCCACACCAAGGGCAUUGGCCUCGCUACGUGCAUCUCACCCCACCUUCCCGACCGUCUCUCGUGUACACCGCGUAUGUAGCCACGCGCACACCGUCUAGGAUCACGCCCAAUUGCCGCCUC